GAGAGCUCUGACGUCUUUUACGAUAGCCCAGACAUUCGUUAGAAUAGUAGAUCGUGUUGCAAAUAGAUUUUAUGCCAGACGGAACAAUUCUCUUGCACUUGGUCCGUUGACAUUGACUUCUUGUUUCGAAAAGAAAAAGCAGCCAUUGCUCUGGGAUAAAAAUUGUGCAGUUUCUGGAUUAUACAUACAUCCACUGAGUGAUAAAGAAACAAAUCAAAAAUAUUUUGUGGAAAGUAGUAUUUUUUUUUUUCAAAUUGUUCCCAAAUAAUGCAAUACGCUCGAAUUAACCCAUUGUGAAAUUAUGGGUCUCAGGAUUAGUUACGUGUUGUGCAUUCUAUUUAUUUUUGUGUGUUCUCUGUUCGUGGUGUGCAGUGGCUCAGUAUUUGCUCGUAAUUACUAUGGAAUAAAAGAAGCGUUCGAAGAAGACAUACCUCAAGGGGUAUCGACCUUAGCAUUUGUGUUCGACAUUACAGGUUCCAUGUAUGAUGAUCUAGUCCAGGUCAUUGAAGGAGCAGCGAGAAUUCUGAGCACUAUUUUAGCCAGGAGAGAAAAGGCUAUUCAUAAUUAUGUCCUUGUGCCAUUUCACGACCCAGAUAUUGGUCCAGUUACUGUAACAUCAGAUCCAGAUUUAUUUCAAAGGCAUUUAAAGGAACUUUAUGUUCAGGGUGGUGGAGAUUGUCCAGAAAUGAGUAUAGGAGCUAUAAAACUAGCUCUUGAAGUUAGCCUUCCUAGUUCCCAUAUAUAUGUAUUCACCGAUGCUAGGUCAAAAGAUUAUUAUUUAUUAGAUGAUGUUUUGAAACUUAUCCAACGGAAACAGAGUCAGGUUGUAUUUGUUAUGACUGGGGAUUGUGGCAAUCAUUCUCAUCCUGGAUAUCAAGCUUAUGAACGCAUUGCUUCUACUAGCUCUGGCCAAGUCUUUCAUUUAAUGAAGUCAGAUGUUGAUGAGGUUCUCAAUUUCGUUCGAGUAUCACUGCAAGCUAGAAAAGUUAAUUUGUUUGCUGUAGAUAGAAAGGCUGGGGAUUUGAAGGAAUUUGAAUUUGAUGUUGAUGGCAGCUUAAGAGAAUUUACUGUUUCAGUGUCUGGGGAAAAUCCUGUUGUUACUGUGAUAAACUCAAAGGGAGAAGUGAUUGAUCAGUCCAAAGGACUUUUUGAACUCUUAAAUCAUAAAAAUAUUAGUAUUGUGAACAUAAAAGAUCCAGAACCAGGACGGUGGAGAUUAAGGGUCAACAGUGGGGGAGCACAUACUAUACGAGCCACAGGAUUAAGCAAAAUUGAUUUUGUGCAUGGAUUUUCAAGACAGCCUACAGAAAAUUUAAAAGAAACAUAUCAUCGACCUUUAAAAGGAGCCCCUACAUACUUGCUAGUCAAUGCUACUGACUUACCAGAACCUGCAACUUUCAAAAAUGUGAAGAUAAUUGAUCUGGAAGGAAACAGUUUGCAAAACAUUCCCUUGCACCGAUUUCCUGGGUCAAAUCUAUUUAAUGCUUCAAAAUUCUUUCCACCUGAUGAGUACUUUUACUUAAAGGUAGCUGGAUCUGAUGAACUUGGAUAUCCAAUUGAAAGAAUGACAUCUACUGCCAUUAGUGCUCAGUUACCCGAUGCACCAGAAGUAAGUACAAGACCAUACAUGACAGGGUAUUAUGAAGAAGACACAGAUUUACGGUGUUAUGUUCAAUCGUUGGUACCAUUUUCAGUUACAUGGUUCAAGGAAGGUGUGCAAAUAAGUCAGGAACAACGUUUUCCUCAAACAUCAGAAGUUAUUUUAACUGUACCAGAAGUCACAAUGCUUUCAGAAGGUCUAUAUUCAUGCAAUGCUACUAAUGUCGCUGGCCGAGAUUCAAGUGUUAUAUUUCUUGAUGUGAAGGAACCUCCACCUUCUAUAGCAAGUACUGGAAAUGUUUCUGGUAUUCUUGGACAAAUUGCUGUUCUUCCCUGUGUCGUUGAUAGUGUUGGUGAUUAUCAGGUAGAAUGGAAUAAACUUGUACCAGAUGACGAUAAAUAUGGAUUUCUGAAAGCUAUUCAAAUACCAGAUGAUCCUAGAUUAAUCAUACAUUCUAAUGAUUCUCUUGUUAUUAAAAAUCUGACUCCCAAUGAUGAAGGGUGGUACAGAUGCAGUGCUUCAAAUGAAGGUGGUACUGCGCAAGAAAAUAUAUAUUUACAUUCAUAUAGUCCACCAAAGUUGUCUCUAAAACCCCCAGUCAAGAAUUUUGUGUCUGGCAGCUAUAUUAAUAUAACUUGUCAGGCUGUUGGUUAUCCUGUACCCAGCAUUCGUUGGAUCUGGAGUCCAGUUCAUAAUAAUAAUUUUGCAAUUGGUCGAAGUAAAAUCGAAGAAAAAAGUUUAAUCAUUCAGUCUGCUAUUGCUGAAGAUGAAGGUCGAUAUGAUUGCAUUGGGACAAAUGCUGCAGGCUCUCAAGCAGCUAGUGCAUUUUUGAAUUACAUAGAGAUGCCAUUAAUUAGUCUACCUGUUCAGGAGCUAACUGUGAAGAAUGGAGAACAAGCAACUCUGAGAUGCAUUGCUGAAGGUAUUCCAGAUCCCAAAGUUAGGUGGUACAAGGGUUCUGUGGAGAUACAGCCACUAUCAUACAUUCAAAUUACUUCAGAUGGAUCUCUUUCGAUAUAUGAUGUGCAAGAAACAGAUGCUGGUGAAUAUACUUGUGUUGCUGAAAAUGAAGCAGGCACUGCAAAUGAAACAAUGGUCUUAAAUGUUGGUUCUAAGCCUUCCUUAAUUAGACUACCUAGCUCUGCUUCAGUUGAAGUUCUGCAAAACAUAACGAUACCUUGCAUUGCUACUGGAACUCCAGCUCCAGCCAUUACAUGGUUUUUUGAAAACAGAACUGUUGUUACUCAAAGUUCUAGAACAUCUGUUAAUCCUGAAGGAAGUCUCUUAAUAUUUCAGGCUGAUCCUUCACUUGUUGGUAAAUACAUUUGCGAAGCUGAAAAUAAAUUUGGAAAAGAAGAACAAGCUGUUAGUAUUGUGUUAACAGGCAUUAAGAAACCUAUUUUAUCCCCAUUAACUCCUACUGUUGCAAUACCAAGAGGGGAGAAGAAGUCUAUAGCUUGUGUUGUUUUGGAUGGUAACCCCAAACCUGAUAUCAUUUGGUUAAGAAAUGGAAAUCCUAUUCAGAAUGGUCUUGGCAUUGAAAUUCAUGGUGGAAAACUGGAAAUAUUGAGAGCUGGUGAAUUCCAUGAGGCUAACUACACUUGUUUUGCAAGUAAUAUUGGAGGGAAUGCAACUGAAGACAUUUAUAUAAAUAUAUUAUAUGAACCAGAAAUUUCAACAAGUGAAAAUGAUUUUGAAGCAGUUGAAGGUUCAUCUGCAAUUUUACCAUGUGAAGUGAAAGGUGAUCCAAAACCAGCAAUCAUAUGGUUUAAAAAUGGUAUUGAGUUAAUAUCUGAUAGAAAUUUUGCAAUAGAAAAUGAUGGAAGUUUGAAAAUAAGAAAUGUUGUUGAAAGUGAUGAAGGUGAAUAUGUUUGUUCAGCAACUAAUAUUGUGGGAACAUCUGAUCAAGUGUUCAGACUUUCUGUGAAAGUUCCGCCUAAAGCUCUCCAACCUAAUGGUCUUUCUUACAAUAUCACAGAAGGAGAUAUGAUUACAUUGCCUUGCAGUUUUUAUGCUAAACCACCAGCACAGAUUCUUUGGACUCGGAUUACUAAACAAAACCUCCCCUCUGAUUUAGGAAAGUACAUUAUGUAUAAUGGAAGUUUACUUUUGAAACCAACUUUUGACGAUGCAGGUACAUAUAUGUGCACUGCAAAAAAUGAAGUUGGUGAAGCUCGGUCAGAACUAACUCUCAAUGUGUUUGUUCUUCCGUAUGCAAAUAUAAAAGCUCCUGACACUAUUGUUGCUUCCGUUGGAGAUAAAAUUGAUUUGUACUGUGAAAAUUCUGGCCAUCCUGAGCCUGAAAUCUCUUGGAAGAAAGACAAUGUUAAUUUAAAUCCUUCUUCUUCUGUCUUUAUCAGCAAUGGAAAUUUAAGCAUUUAUCCUGUUGACCAGUUUAGUGAAGGAGAAUAUAAAUGCAUUGCUGAAAAUUUGAUUGGAAUUUCGUCUUCCAAAAAAUACCUUACUGUUCAUGAAACACCUAGAAUUGUUUCGGAAUAUUCUUCGCCACCAUUUAUUACAGCUGUUGUUGGAGAUAAACUUGAUUUAAUAUGCAAUUCUACUGGCUAUCCUCUUCCUCAGAUUUCUUGGAAAGAACCAAAGAAUUUUGCUGUUCACCAUAUUAAGAAUAAUAUUCUUCACAUACCAUUCAUUCAAGAGUCUGAUGCUGGCAUUUAUACAUGUACUGCUCAAAAUGCUGUUGGUUUCGAUUCAAAAGCUUUUAAUUUAUCAGUUCAUGCUCCUCCUGUUUUUACUUCAGAUUCAGGCCUAGAACAUGAAUUAAUCAGUGGUAAAGAUAUUAUUCUAGAUUGUUCUGUGUCUGCUGAACCACCUCCUAAAAUUGAGUGGUAUAAAAAUGCUGAAUUAAUUAUUGUUUUCUAUCCUAAUAUUGAACUAAAAGAUGACGGACAAAAACUCUUAAUAACUAAUAUUAAUGUUUCUGAUGCUGGCCAGUAUCUUUGCAUUGCAAAAAAUUCUGUUGGAGAAACCUCAAAACAGUUUCAGCUUAGUGUUUCUGAUCCCCCAAGAUUUCUUACUUCUCAAGACAAAAGGAUAUCUGUGCUUAAAAAUGAUACACUGAAGUUAAAUUGCUCAGCUGAAGGCUUUCCAGAACCUGUAUACUUAUGGAGAAAAAAUGGACAGAUGUUGUCACUUUUAAAACCUGGCUUGGAAUUUGAAGAAUCCAAAAAAAUAUUAAAAAUAACUCAUGCACAAGAAUUAGAUUCAGGGAGUUAUUCCUGCAUUGCCAUGAACAAAGUGGGAUCAAGUUCUCAAGAAUUUGAAGUGAGUGUUUUAGUUCCUCCACAAAUCCAAGGCAAUACUUUUGAAGAAAAAGAAAUGAUGCUGCAUGAUAGUACUGAAUUCAACUGUAUUGUCAAUGGAUUUCCUUUUCCUGAAAUCAUCUGGUACAAAGAUGGCUCUGAAAUGUCCUUGCAACGGUUUGAAAUAGUUGUUAGUGAUGACCUCCAAACUUUAACAAUUCUUAAACCUGAAAUAACAGAUGCAGGUAAUUACAGUUGCAAAGCUAUUAAUAUUGUUGGGGAAGCAAGUAAAGUAGUUCAGCUGCAUAUCUUAGUGCCUCCUCAUAUUGAACAACAAAGUGUUACUGAAACUUUCCGAGUAAAAGAAGGUGAAGAUUUACGUCUGAAUUGUGAAGCAUAUGGUACUCCUCCACCUAAGAUUGUAUGGCUGAAAAAUGGACAGUAUGUGCCUGUGAAGUUAUAUGAAAAUAAUGAAAAAAUUUUAGAAAUCACGCAUAUAGGACGAAAGGAUGCUGGAAGAUAUGCAUGUGUGGCAACUAAUAAAGUAGGGAGUUUUGAAAAGGAUUUCAAUAUAGUGGUUCUAUCUCCUCCAAAACCAGAAACGUCUGCUGCUUCAUCGAGAUUUUCCUCUACAAGGAAUGGUAAAAAAGAAAUAAUGGAAAAUUUUCCAUUUGUUUUAAUUUGCCCAUUUUCGGGUUAUCCUGCAUUACAAUUUACAUGGAUGAAAGAAGGGCAGAUUCUAAAUACAGCUGUAAAUCCAUACUUGGCUACUUCUGAAAAUGGAAAACGUUUAGAAAUUAAGCAUGCUAGAGCAGAGCACGCUGGAAAAUAUACUUGCAUUGCUAGAAAUGAAGCUGGUGAAUCUAAAAAAGACUUCUUGGUAGACAUUUUAGUUCCACCCUCUAUGAAUUCUGAUCUUGUUACUCAAAUGGUCAUACAAGAAAACACUAGUUUGAUUUUAAAUUGUAAUUCUACUGGAAAUCCCUCACCUUCAAUAAUGUGGCUAAAAGAUGGUACUGAGUUAGAAGCUGAUGAAAAUCUAAUUUUAUCCUCUGACAGUGCACAGCUUGAAAUUCCUAAUGUUGAGGCUUAUCAUUCUGGAACAUAUUUGUGCAUUGCAACAAAUGUGGCUGGUUCUGCUGAAAAAGAGUUUAAUGUAGAUGUGUUAUUUUCUCCACGUAUGAAUUCAGAAACUGAAGAAUUUAGAGCAAGGCCAACUGCUUAUGUCAACAAACCAGUUACUCUAGAAUGCCCUAUGUCUGGUAAUCCUUUACCACAAAUAAAGUGGCUGAAAAAUGGAAAGGAAAUAAAUUUGGAUGAAGAACGAAAUAUUUAUAUUCACAGUGAUGGACAAAGAUUAUCAUUAAUGAGGGCUAAAAAUGAAGACACUGGGAAAUAUUCAUGUGUAGCUGAAAAUGAUGUUGGUAGUGAAGCAUAUCAGUUUGACUUACAAAUUUUGGCUGCACCUACUAUUGAUAAAAAGAAUAUAAAAAAUACAUAUCAUGUGAAGGAAGGCGAUUCUUUGGUGAUAAAAUGCCCUGUAAGUGGUCACCCAAAGCCUAUAAUAACCUGGCUUAGAGAUUCUGAUGUUAUUCCUUUGCAUUCAUCUCCUCACAUACAUUUCUCUGACGAUUUUCAACAACUGCAUUUGAAGCAAGCUUCAUUAAAAGAUGCUGGAAAAUACUCGUGUAUUGCUGGAAAUGAAGUUGGCACUGCAGAACAGGAUUUUAAGAUUGAUGUUCAAGUUCCACCAAAAUUGGAAAAUCUACAUGAUAUUCCUAAGAACUUAUCAGCAACUUUAAAUAAACCCAUUACCAUUAGUUGCCCUGUAUCAGGAAUACCUCCGCCUUUGGUAAAAUGGUCAAAAGAUGGAAAACCUUUAAGAGUUGAAUCCAAUCCAAAUAUUAUGCUAUCAGUGAAUUCACAUCACUUAAAAAUUUUUCGAACUCAAGUGUCUGAUGUUGGAACUUAUACUUGCAAAGCUGUUAAUGAUGCUGGCAAAAUAGAAAAAGAAUUUCAUUUAGAGGUUCAAGUCCCACCUAGCAUGUUAGAAACCAACAGUGUUCUCGAUUAUUAUUCUGAAGAUGAAGAUGAAAUAAAAAAUGAACUGAAAGCUGCUGAAAACGAUACAUUACAAAUUGAGUGUUAUGUUGAUGGCAAACCAAAGCCUAUAAUUUUAUGGAUCAAAGAUGGUCAUUUGUUGAAUAUAUCUGAUGAUUCACAUUAUGAAAUUUUUCAUAAUGGACAAGUGUUGCAGAUAAAUCAGAUUAAAUCUUCAGAUGCUGGACAUUAUACAUGUGUUGCUUCUAAUGUUGCUGGCACAAAAGAGAAAAGUUUUAUGCUUGAUGUGCUAGUUCCUCCUAAACUCAAAGGUCCAAACUUUGAAUCUCAAGAAGUUCUUCCAAAUCGUCCCACAGUUAUUGAAUGUCAGAUUGAUUCAAAUCCUGCCUCUUCUAUUACAUGGUAUAAAGAUGGCAAAAUUAUUGAUUUUUCCAGCCAUGCUUUGCUCAAAAUAUCAGAGGAUAGAAAGGUUUUGCAAUUUUUAAAGACGACUCGUGAAGAUGAUGGUCUUUACACAUGCAUUGCUGAAAACAAAGUUGGGAAAACAGAAAAGAACUUCAAGGUAGAUGUCUUUGUACCUCCUGUUAUUGAAAUCACAGAUUUCAAAUCUGAUAUUUUAGAAAAUGAAGUUUUCACAAUGAAGUGUAUUUCAGUUGGUAAUCCUAAACCCUACAUUAUUUGGUUGAAGGAUGGUCAAGUGAUGAGUGACGAAUUCCUUAAAAAUAUGACUAUUCAUUUGGAGAAUGACGACUCAAUUCUUCAGGUCAAUGAAGCUAAAAAAUUUCAUUCUGGUCAGUACAAAUGUAUUGCUUCAAAUGCAGCAGGGUCUGUUGAGAAAUCAUUUGAUGUGUAUGUUAAAGUUCCACCAAGAGUUGUGAAUACAUCUGAGCCUAAUAAAACUGUCUUCGUCAGUCAGCCAAUUAUUAUGUAUUGCUUUGUUGAAGCUGAACCAGAAGCUUCAAUUACUUGGAUUAAAGAUGGGAUUAUCUUAAAUGAUGUCCUUGAUCCUUUCAUCCAUAUUCUUGAUGAAGGACAAAAAUUACAAAUCCUGAGAACUCGUGAUCUAGAUGAUGGACAGUAUUCCUGUGAAGUGACAAAUUCUGUUGGAAAUGAUAGCAGAUCAUUUGUUCUAAAUGUUUUAGUUCCUCCAAAGAUAAAAAAUAUACAGGAUGAUAAUGCAUUGCAUGUCACCAAAGGAAACAAUGCGACAUUUGUUUGUUCUGUAUUUGGAAACCCUCAACCAGAUAUAAUUUGGUGGAAAGAUGAGAAGCUUCUGUAUUCUGACAAAGCAUAUUUUAGUAACAAAAGUCAGAUUUUGCAAAUUGAAAAUGUUGACGUUCAAGAUAGUGGAAACUAUAAGUGUGUUGCUUCAAGUCCUUUGGGUUCUGAAGGAAAGCAGUUCAAUCUUAAUGUAUUAGUUCCUCCUAAGAUACGUAAUGGACCUAUUGAUUAUACUGGUCAAAUGAACAAGCCAAUGAAAAUUUACUGUGCUGCUGAUGGUAAUCCAAAACCUGUUAUUACUUGGAUGAAAAAUGGACAAUUUAUUGAUUCAUUUCUUGAUCCAAACAUUCAGUUUGAAGAAAACAAAUCAGUUCUUGUUAUUCGGUGGACUAGAACUGAAGAUUCUGGCAAAUAUACUUGUAUUGCAUCCAGCACUGCUGGCCAAGAUGAGCAAAAUUUUAAUGUCCAUGUUCAUGUUCCAGCCUCAAUAGACCGCACUAAUCUAGAAGAUGAAGUUUUAUCCCUUUUAAAUCAAAGUGCAGUGUUGAUGUGUCCAGCAAGUGGUGUUCCAUUUCCUUCCAUCUCUUGGUAUAAAGAUGAUGAUGCUGUUCUCCAAUCAGAUCCUAAAUAUCAAAUACUAGAAGAUGGAAAGGUUUUCAAAAUAAUUUCUGCCAAAGAAAAUGAUGCUGGAAAAUAUAAAUGCAUUUCUUCUAAUGAAGCUGGAACUGAUGAAACAGAGUUUGAUUUGGAUGUUAUUGCUCCACCACAAAUAAAAGCAUCAGCAUUGGAGUUUGACAGAAAGUCAAAAGAGGGUGACAGCAUUUUGUUGGAAUGCCCAGUAGAAGAUUCAAACUAUCCCAUGAAGAUUUCAUGGAAGAAAAAUGGAAAAACUUUCAGUCCUGAUGCUACUCUUACUCAUGUUGAAUUUUCUUCUGAUAAUAAACAAAUAAAAAUAAUGAAGUCUCAAGCAACAGAUUCUGGAAUCUAUAGUUGUGUAGCAAGUAAUUCUGCUGGUGAUACAGAACAUGAAGUUGAUUUGCUAAUUAAAGCACCUGCAAAGAUUGUGCAUCCAUCUGAAAAUCUUACUUCUACUUUUGUUAAAGAACGUCAUAGUAUUACUUUAGAUUGCUCAGCAACUGGCUACCCUCAACCAACAAUUAAAUGGUAUAAAGACGGGUCUUUGAUUUCACAACAACACAAUAUGAGCUACUCAACCUAUGGAAAAAUGAAGAUAGCAAAUGCUUCUGUGAAUGAUACUGGUAUUUACACUUGUAUUGCUGAGAAUGAUGGAGAUACAGAUAGCAAAUUAUACAACUUGACUGUUUAUACACCCCCUACAAUCAAUGUAUCUUCUCAUGGCUUACAUCGAGUAGCAUUACAAAAUACAGAAAUUAACAUAGAUUGUUUUGCGACGGGUAUACCUCAGCCACGAGUGAUAUGGUACAAGGGCCCUCAAAUGCUUAUACCAGGACCAAGAAUCUCUUUUUCAAAUGAUGGCGCAAGUUUGAAAAUAUCACAUACACUGCCUUCUGAUGCUGGAAAAUAUACAUGCUUAGCAGUCAAUGAAGCUGGAGAUACCGAAGCAGAACAUUUUGUAAAAAUUCAUGUUCCUCCAAAAAUUGAAAAAGCUGCAUUACAAGGCUCUCCAGAUCCUGUAGUGAAUCAAUCUGUCAGAAUCAGCUGUGAAGUUCAUGGUCUUCCUUUUCCUCAAGUUACAUGGUACAAAAAUGGAAUCUUAAUUGAUCAGCAUGAAAAAAGAUUUAUCUACUCUGGUGGUGGAAAGUUUCUUGAUAUUCUGAAUAUACAAAGCACUGAUUCUGGAACUUAUACUUGCAAAGCCAAAAAUAUUGUUGGAGAACAUGAAAAGAAUGUGAAGUUGGCUGUUUCAGUUCCACCUGGCAUUGAAGAAAACCUAAAAUCAAAGGAAUAUCAAGUGGUUCUUGGAAAAUCUGUUCGCAUUGAUUGUGAAGCUUCUGGGACACCUCCACCAACUGUAACAUGGUUAAAAAAUGGCCUUCCUUUAACAGAUGAAGAUCAUGUCCAAUUUAUCAAUAAUAAUUAUGCUCUUCUGUUUAUUUAUACGUCAGAAAAUGAAGCUGGAGUAUACACUUGCAUUGCUGUAAAUAAUGCAGGAGCUGUAGAACAAAAAUUCAAUUUGACUAUUUUAGUUCCUCCUACCUUUGAUGAUUUGCCACAAAAAGAAAAUCUUUCAGCUGUGAUUGGCUCAUCUGGAAAACUAUAUUGCUCUGCUCAUGGGUAUCCUCCUCCAGAUAUUGCAUGGUAUAAAGAUGGCAAUAUUAUUACAGAUGAUGAGAUCAUGGAAAUAAAAGAUGGUGUAUUGGAAUUUUUCAGCUUUGAUUUGUCACAUAAUGGAAGUUACAUAUGUGAAGCUAGUAAUAUUGCUGGCAAGGAAACUAAAAUAUUUAAUGUAAAUAUAAAUGUUCCUCCUAAAAUUCAAGGGGGCAAUCAGGCUGCAUUUUUAACAUCCAUUAGCAAAUCACCUUUAGCCAUGCAGUGUCCUGUAUCUGGUAUUCCUCCUCCAACUAUAAUGUGGCUUAAAAAUGGAAUUCCAAUCACUCCAGGUUAUUCAUCGAAUUUUCAGAUAACAAAUCAAGGCACUGUCUUAACAAUUCAAAAUACUCAACGCAAAGAUUCAGGAAAAUAUAUGUGUGUAGCUACAAACUCUGCAGGGAAUACUUCACGCAAUUUUGUGCUGAAUGUUUUAGAACCGCCUUCCAUAAAGAAAGGUCCUUCAUUGAUCAAAACAUCAGUUGGAAGUGAGGCAGUAUUCAAUUGCAUAGCAGAUGGUUAUCCUCCUCCUGAAGUAUCUUGGAUGAAAGAAGGUUCUUCUUUGCUCUUAAGAAAUUCACCAUAUAUGAAGCUAGAGGAGAUGUCUUUAUUUUUAAGUGAGGUUAAACUUCAAGAUGCAGGUGAUUACAUUUGCAUUGCUACAAAUGAAGCUGGGAGCAGUACAAAGGAUUUUAAGUUGCAUGUUUCUGCAUCACCACAUAUUAAAGAUAGUGAUUACUCACAAAAAGUUUUAUCUGGUGAUCCAGUGUAUCUUGCUUGUGAUGCUUCUGGACAUCCUCCUCCUUUGAUAAUAUGGCAUAAAGAUUCUGUUCUUAUUGAAGAUAAUGAAGAAAUGAAAGUGUUACCAGAUGGCACUCUACAUUUUUCCUCAGCAAAUGCAUCUCAUACUGGAACCUAUAAAUGCCUUGCCGAAAACGAGGCUGGAUCUCAUGAAGCAAUUCGAAAUUUAUUUGUCUUAACCUUACCGAAAAUUCUGGAAGAUAUUCCAGAUACUUAUGAAGUUAUUCAAGCUCAGCCAGUUAUUUUGCGAUGUUCUGCUGAAGGCUUUCCUUCUCCAACUAUAGCAUGGGAGCAUAAUGGUGUUUCAAUAGAUCUCUAUAAUCCACGUUAUAAAGUAUUCCCAUCUGGAGAUCUUCACAUAUCACUUACUCAGUCUUCAGAUAUAGGAGCUUAUACAUGUAUAGCCAAAAAUGAAGCUGGUUCUGCCAUAAAGAAUAUAGAUCUCAUUGUUUUAGUUCCUCCUACUGUGAAAAUCAAUGGCCCUAGUUCUAUAGUUGUGAUAAGAGGAAGGAAUGUUGCUCUUUCGUGCUCAGCAAAAGGCUUCCCUCCACCUCAUAUUAAUUGGCAGAGAAAUGGUGUACCAAUAACUGGUGCUUCAAAUUCAGAAACAUCAGGAAAACUAUAUAUUGAAAAUAUACUGCCUGGGGAUAGUGGGACCUAUGUCUGUGUUGCUGCUAAUUCUGUAGGAAGAGAUCAUGAAAGCAUUGUUGUUGAAGUUCAUGUUCCACCAAUAAUUACUACUUUGCCAAAGAGUCAAGAUAUAUCUGUUGGAGAUACAUUAUCUCUAACUUGUGAGGCUAGUGGAUAUCCAUUUCCAUCCAUAACAUGGCUACUGAACAAUACCCAAGUAACUGGUUCUGUACAUUCCGCAUUUGGACGCAGCAGGCUUCUGGUUGAAAAUGCAGGCAAAGAAGAUGAAGGAACUUACAUUUGUCUGGCACAAAAUGCUGCUGGUGAAAGGAAAGCUGCAGCUGCUGUUCGUGUCCGAACACCACCUGUUAUUGUGGAUUCUUCUGGGGUUAAAAGUGUUAAGUUAAAAGAUACUGUCAUUUUGGAUUGUGUAGUCAAAGGAGAUCCAUUACCCAAUAUUAUUUGGAUAAAAAAUGGCCAACGGGUGGAAUUAAAUCAUCGUGUUCAACUGAUAACAAAUGGAUCUCUCUUCAUUUACAAUUCUACUGAUCAAGAUUCUGGACAAUAUAAAUGUGUUGCAAGCAAUGAUUUUGGUCUUGCAGAACAAGUUGCAGAAUUAAUUGUGAGGAGCAAACCAAAAUUUAUUAUUGAACCCCACAGUUCAACUGCUCUGGAAGGUAAUAAUGUUAAUCUAGAUUGUCGAGUAUAUGGUGAACCUAAACCAACUGUCAUAUGGACAAAAGAUGCUUUGCCUUUGCAAAAAAAUGAAAGAGUUCUUAUUUUACCGAACAAUACAUUGAAAAUUGUUGCUGUUCAAAUAUCAGAUGAAGGAAUUUAUGCUUGCAUGGCAAACAAUUCAUUGGGAUCUGCUAUAGCUGAAGCUGAUAUCAUUGUACAAGUCAAUGGAAAAUGGUCAAACUGGCAAGAAUGGGAGGAAUGUUCUGCCUCUUGUGGAGAUGGAAGGCAAAUGAGGCUGAGAUUCUGCAACAAUCCUACACCAAGAAAUGGAGGGAAAGCAUGCAUUGGAAUUUCUAAUGAAGUCAAGCAUUGCAAUGAAAGACCGUGCCCAGUAAAUGGUGAAUGGGGAAAUUGGAUGGAUUGGACACCAUGCAGCUUAUCAUGUGGUGUUGGAAAAAAGAAACGAUUCAGAAUAUGUGAUAAUCCUAAACCACAAUUUGGAGGCUUAAACUGUAUUGGGAAUGACACUGAAAUCGAAUCCUGUUUAUUAACAAAAUGUCCUGUGGAUGGAAGCUGGAGUGUAUGGUCUCAUUGGCAACCUUGUAGUGUUACAUGUGGAGAUGGUAUUCAGUUUAGAAGGCGGGAAUGUAAUAAUCCAGAGCCACUGCAUGGUGGUAGUUUUUGUUUUGGAGAAAGCAAAGAAUUUCAAGAAUGCAAUAUUGCAGAAUGUCCAGUACAUGGCGAAUGGGGAGAAUGGAAUGAAUGGUCAUUUUGUUCAUCUUCAUGUGGUGGAGGAAUUCGAGAGAGAAAAAGAAAAUGUGAUUCUCCUGCUCCAACAUUUGGUGGUCAUUUCUGUAUCGGUGAACAUGUUCAGAUUAAUUACUGCAAUACUGCUGAAUGUCCAGUAAAUGGAGAAUGGGGACCAUGGUCAACUUGGGGUCCAUGUUCCUCUUCUUGUAACAAAGGUCAGAAAAAGCGUUUUAGAUCAUGUGACAAUCCAGCUCCUGCUGGUGGUGGAAGAGAGUGUUCAGGACCUUCUCAGGAGACUGAAGUUUGCAAUGCUUACUUAUGUCCUGUUGAUGGUAAAUGGAGUGAAUGGUCCAGUUGGACAGCAUGCUCUGUGACUUGUGGCAUUGGUAUUCGUUCUAGAUCAAGAACAUGUAAUAAUCCAGAUCCCUUUUAUGGUGGAAAAGAAUGUCCAGGUGAUACUGAAGAAUUUGAAGAAUGUGGUGAUGAAGCUUGUGAUGUCAUGCCUUCUGAAGCAGUUGGACAUUUAAUUGGUGUGAUAAAUGGAGUUGACUUUGGAUUAUCAAAGCUGUUUGCCAAUAUUACACAGUAUGGCAUGGAACAAACUGUUUCAGCUGAUAUUCAAAAUAUAACACCUGCUAUAGCUAAUUGGAUGAGAUUGUUAAUUCCAUUGCUGACUCCAAUCUAUUGGACAACUGCACAUGAAGUAGGAAAUGCUGUAAAUGGCUAUUCUUUGACAAAAGGAUUUUUUCGUAAAGAAACACAAGUGAAUUUUGUUACUGGUGAGGUUUUAUAUAUGACUCAUGUUGCACGCGGUCUUGAUCGACAUGGAAGACUUUUAGUUGAUAUUGUUGUUAGUGGAGAUAUACCUGAUCUGCCUGCAGAAUCGGAAGUUCAGCUUCAUCCAUUCACUGAGGAUUACCUACAAACUGGUCCUGGAUCAAUAUAUGCUCUUUCUACAAGAACAUACCAAAUCGAUAACUAUGUCUUGCCAUAUUACUGGAAUCAUAGUAUUUUUUAUGAUGAAGCUCAAGGGGAAAUGCCUUAUUUAUAUGAGAAAUUGUAUACUAGUGAAAUUGAUAGUUACUAUGAUCCGGAUAAAAAAGAAUUAAAUUACAUAAUUUCAGCAGCAAUUGGCAAAGGAUCAUCAGAUGAUGAAUGCAUUAAUGGUUUCAGAGUUAGCUCAAAUGGCAUCUACUGUUUAGAUAUUAACGAAUGUGAAUCAAAUCCUUGUUUGCAUAUUUGUAAUAACUUUCCUGGAGGGUUCUCUUGUCACUGUCUGAAUGGUUACACACUGGAUGUUGAUGGGGAAUCCUGUAUAGAUGUGGAUGAGUGUGAAAUGAACCUAGCACAUUGUACAUCUUCUGAAGAAUGCAUCAACACAAUAGGCUCUUAUAAAUGUCUCAUCAUUUGUAGAGAAGGUUACAGAAGAAGUGAUGAUGAUCUGUAUUGUUUAGAUAUAAAUGAAUGUGAAGAAGACAUACAUUUUUGUGAUCAGAUUUGUACCAAUACAAUUGGUAAUUAUUCUUGCGAGUGUAAUACUGGAUAUUACUUGAGUAGCCGAACUGAUUGUUCAGAUAUUGAUGAAUGUGGUUCUUCAAAUCCACCAUGUUCUCACACUUGUGUAAAUGUACCAGGCAGUUUCAAUUGCUUAUGUCCUGAAGGUUAUGAAUUGCUCAACAAUUCCUGUUUAGAUAUUAAUGAAUGUUUACUCGGAACUCACAAAUGUACCAAGGAUCAAGAGUGUAUUAAUUCGCCUGGAGGAUAUGAAUGCUUACUUAUUUGUUCAUCAGGAUUUUCUCGAUCUGGAAAUGGCUCUUGUAUAGAUAUUGAUGAAUGUCACAAUGGAGUUUCAGCUUGUCAUUUUAGUCAAGUUUGUAUCAAUACAUUUGGAAGUUAUCAUUGUUCUUGUCCAAGAGGAUAUUAUUCAAUUGGUCCUGGUAAAACUUGCCAAGAUAUAAAUGAAUGCUUACAACAACCAAACCCAUGCAGUUACCGUUGCCAUAAUUUACCAGGAGAUUAUGAAUGUGUCUGUGCACCUGGACUUUUGAGAUUACCAGAUGGAAAGACAUGUGCUGGCAUCGAAUAUUUGGAUAAGGCAAAUCGUGACAUUCAGCAUGAUUAUUUUGGUGUUGAAAGAAACAGGUCAAAUGACCUGCAUUCUGAAGUCCUAUUACCAAUCAACAAGCAACCUUACAUUCAGUGCCCACCUGGCUUUUCUAGAAUUCAAGGAUCUUGUCAAGAUAUAAAUGAAUGUGAAGACAAGGGAAAAUGCCAACAUGAAUGUGAGAACACUCCAGGAAGUUAUCAUUGCACUUGUCCUCCUGGAUAUCAAUUAGGUCAAUCUGGAAAGACAUGCCUAGAUAUAAAUGAGUGUUUGGAAUCCAAAAUAGAUUGUGGUCCUGAUCGGAUGUGUUUUAACAUGAGAGGAUCGUAUGAAUGCAUUGAGACUCCUUGUCCGCCAAAAUAUGAUAGAGAUCCUUUAACGGGGUACUGCAAAUUAGAAUGUGAUAAAGCUGGAAUUGUAUGCCCUCCAAAUUCUCGAUAUGCUGAAGUUUUAGCAUUCAAAAUGGUAGCAUUACCAAGUGGCAUUCAAGCAUAUCAGGACCUCAUAAGAUUGAUUGCCUAUGACCAAGAUGGUGUGCAUAUUCCAAAUACAGUAUUUUCUAUCAUUGAAAAUGACACUGGUGUUCCUUUUAGAAUACGGUUAGAAGAAGGUAAAGGUGUACUUUAUACACAAAAAAGUAUGGAAUCAAAUCGAGAAUACCAAAUAAAAGUUCAAGCUGUGUCAUUUAAUGAAGAUCAUGUUAUACAAUACACAACUAAAUUUUUAGUUUUUGUUUCAGUUUCGCAAUAUCCAUACUAAAAAAGGUAUCACUCAUGUUUGUAAAUAUGAAAAACUAGUUUUAUUUUUAAUUUGUCCAUUUUCAUAUUUUUUUUUCAAUCUAUUUGUAUUGUAAAUCUCAUGGUUCAAAUGGAAUGUAAAUACACUGCAUUACUGUUUUGUUUGUUUGCUUGGCAUUUAAUUUACUGUCACUUUUGCUUAAAAAAAUAAUUUUAUUUGGUGUAUGUUUGAAAUAAAAUAUUUUUUAAAAUUUUUAUAUAGUUACAAAAAUAUUCAUGUAUAAAAAAAAGUAAAAUGAUUUGGCCUCUUGACUUCAUAACUAUAUAAGUGAAUAAAUAUUUUGAAUUAAAAAGGUGCAAAAUAAUAGCAUAUAUAAGUUUUAAUGUGCAUUAAAUUUUAGUUUUCAAUAAAUAUAUUAUCAAGAAACUUUGAACAUUAUGUCCAUUUAUUUGAUACAGCCAUUUGUGAUGACUAAUUAGUCCUCCAGAAAUAUUAAUUGCAUUAGAUUUCAUUUCAAAUCUCUUGUGCAUAACUUGGUGUUAUUAUUUAAAUAAAA